CAUGAGUGGAUAACAAUUUAACAUAAACAUCGGAGAGAAGCAAGAAGAGAAGAGAAGAGGAAAAUGUCACUGCAACUGCAACUGAGGUUCAACUCUUCUUUCAUGGGAUGUCGCCUCCUACGCUCCUCAAGGCACCAGCCUCUUCCUCAACUAUUCCUUUACAAUCCAGGAAGCAAGCAUGUUUCGAUGCAGUUAUCUCGGACACUUUCUGGCUUGACCAAUCUCUUAUUUAAUAGAAGAAAUGUAGAUGACUUGUCUAACAGCAAGCGCAAACGUCUGAGACCUGGGAAAGUUUCUCCACGUCGGCAAGUGCCAAAGAACAUACCAAGGCCUCCAUAUGUGAAAUCUAUGAUUCCAGCAGGACUUUCGAGUGGACCUGAAGUGCAUGAUGAGAAAGGGAUAGAAUGCAUGAGAGCUUCUGGAAGGCUUGCAGCACAGGUUCUUCAAUAUGCUGGCACCUUAGUCAAGGCAGGCAUAACAACAGAUGAAAUUGACCAAGCAGUUCACCAAAUGAUAGUUGAUAAUGGUGCGUACCCAUCUCCUCUUGGCUAUGGUGGUUUUCCAAAGAGUGUCUGCACAUCCGUGAAUGAAUGCAUUUGCCAUGGAAUACCAGAUUCCCGUGUGCUUGAGGAUGGUGAUAUAAUCAACAUUGAUGUUACUGUUUAUCUAAAUGGCUAUCAUGGUGACACAUCAGCAACUUUCUUUUGUGGUGAUGUUGAUGAUGAGGCCAUAAAACUAGUUCAGGUAACUAAAGAAUGCCUGGAUAAAGCAAUAUCAAUAUGUGCACCAGGAGUGGAAUUCAAGAAAAUUGGCAAAACAAUUCAGGAUCAUGCAGAUAAAUAUCGUUAUGGUGUUGUCCAACAGUUUGUUGGCCAUGGAGUUGGACGUGUUUUUCAUGCUGAUCCAGUUAUUCUUCACUAUAGAAACAAUGAAGGUGGACGGAUGAUGCUAAAUCAAACCUUUACGAUUGAACCAAUGCUGACUAUGGGCAGCAUCAAUCCUGUGAUGUGGAAUGACAAUUGGACAGUAGUAACGGAAGAUGGAAGUCUUUCAGCACAGUUUGAACACACCAUUCUAAUAACCUCCGAUGGGGCUGAGAUUAUGACGACUCAAUGCUGACACAUGCAAAAUUUAAUAUUUGUGGAUAGCCCACAUGGAGAAACUUUAUUAUUGAGAUGCAAUUGAUUUAAUUACUUCCAGUUCCAGAUCAAAAAGUUCUUGCUGGAAAUUACCCAACGAAGAAAAAAGUACGUGCCAAAGGAGGAACUCUUUCAUUUUUGUUGAUAUUAUCUCUGAGUUGAGGAAAAGAAGCCUUCCCAAUGAAAAUCUUUUCCUGUCGAUGUAUUUAAUAAUUAACACAUAUUCUUUCACUGUUAUGGGGAGAAAAUGAGGUGCAGCUUGGGGUGAUGAAAGAUAGUUAUGUGUAUAUUUAGUACGGAGCAUCUUUAUAUGUUGAUAAAAGGGUAAACCCCCUUUAUUUGUUGAUAAGACGGAAAAAUAUAUAAUUUUCUGUGUUUGAAAUGCAGUAUUUUUGAU